UACCUUCGAGAAUUGCUACAGAGUAGCCUCGCUUUCUGCUUAUCUCCGCGUAAUUCUCGGGUACUCAAUAUUUGGUAAAGUUCUCAGAGGCCAGACUCUACUCGGAGUCCCCUCAGUCGUUUCCUCACAAAGAGCGAUUCGUCACGUUAGCAGAGCAAAGUGGAGCUACAUGCUAACGUUAGCCUCAGACAGUGAGGACUAGAGGCGUCCAUGGCCGCCCGGCAGCAGUUCACAGACUCGGACACUGCGGAUGAAGCCGUGAGAGCGACCUGCGACGAUGCGAGCACCUGCAAGAGGUUUGCUACCAGUAAGGGUUACUGGAGGGACCCGUACAUCCAGUACUUUAUCAGAUCUGUAGGGGAGCGAAAAGCCCCAGAAAUCAACAGAGGUUACUACGCUCGUGUUCAAGGUGUGAACCACCUCCUGGAUGCGUUCAUCAGGAGAGCAGAGUGUAACUGUCAGGUUAUCAACCUCGGAGCUGGACUGGACACCACCUUCUGGAGACUGAAGGAUGAAAACCUCUUACCACGAAAGUUCUUUGAAGUUGAUUUUCCAACUGUUGUGGCCAGAAAAAUACAUCAUAUAAAAACAAAGCCACCGCUGUCAAGAGCCAUUAUUGAAACCCACUCGACCGACUCCCUGCUGCUAGAUGCUCACAGCCUUGAUUCGGAUCGUUUCUGCAUUAUUGGAGUGGACCUCCGGGACAUUUCCAAUUUGGAUGAAAAGCUGAAGAAGUUCCAGCUCAACCCAGAAUUGCCGACGUUGCUCCUGUCGGAGUGCGUGCUGGUCUACAUGACGCCCUCCCACUCCUCAAACCUCCUUCACUGGGCAGCAGAAACCUUUCACACGGCCAUGUUCAUCAACUACGAGCAGGUGAACAUGAGUGAUCGGUUUGGCCAGGUGAUGAUCGAGAACCUGCAGCGCCGCCACUGCACGCUGGCAGGAGUGGAGGCCUGCCAGUCCCUGGAGUCUCAGAGGGAGCGCUUCCUGAAGAAUGGCUGGGAACACGCCGACGCUUUAGACAUGAUGACUGUCUACAGCAUGCUUCCUGCAGAUGAUGUGGCACGGAUGGAGCGUCUGGAGUUCCUGGAUGAAAAGGAGCUGUUAGAACAACUUCUUCAGCAUUACAGCAUCUGCUGGGCCUCCAGGGACAAACUCAGUCUGGGUUUGUCACAGCUGGGAUUCUGAGCGUGAAAGCUGCUCCGCUCCUCCGCCAUCAGACGCGGCUUUCAGACGUUUCCCCGCCGAAACCGGGAGAACGGCAGGUGGAGUGAGAGCCCUCACUCUCCAUCCAGCGCUCGACCAGGAACUGUUCCGGUGCCAAAAAGCCUGACGUCAGCAGAGCUUACCCCCCCCCCCCCCCCCCCCCCCCCCCCGCCUCCUCCUCCUGCUUGUGGAAGAUAAGACACAAGCAGCUGGAGAACCGUGAAGCAGUUCAUCAGCGCACCGUUUUACUGCUUUUCCCGCAGGCCCAUUUUUCUCUCAACAGUCAAAACAUUUAAACUUUCAUUUUCAGGAAUCGUUCAUUUUACUCUUGUGCCAUUUGCACGUUAUUUAUUAAUCUGAGACAUUUUACCUACUAAGCACGCAUGCAUGUGAUAACUGCUGUAAAUCUUUCCUCUGACUGCAAAUUGUUUUCUAUUCCUGAACCUUGUGAAGACGACGUGACAGAGGAGUCUGUAUGAGCGCAGCUGAAUAUAAAUGUUGUUUUGUGUAAGA